CCCAAUAACGCCCACUCAUAAGUAAGCCUCGAGGCUAGAUCUCGACAUGAAGAUAUUUUUCUUUCCUUGAACACGUGGAUGUGAAGUGUGUGAAGUGUGUUAGUAUAGUGACCAAGUAAAGCAAAAUGCCUCCAAAAUUUGACCCAAACGCGAUAUCUAUCGUUUGCCUGAGGGCUGUAGGCGGAGAAGUAGGUGCUACAUCAUCACUUGCUCCUAAACUAGGUCCUCUCGGUCUAUCUCCCAAGAAAGUAGGUGAUGACAUUGCCAAAGCAACUGGGGACUGGAAGGGUCUAAAAGUUACAGUUAAGUUGACUGUACAGAACCGGCAGGCCAAGAUAGAGGUAGUACCCAGUGCUGCUUCUCUAGUCAUCAAAGCACUGAAAGAGCCAGCAAGAGAUAGGAAAAAGCAGAAAAAUAUUAAGCACAGUGGAAAUAUCACAAUGGAACAGGUGUAUGAGAUAGCCAGGAUUAUGCGUGUGAGAUCAAUGGCCCGCUUGUUCUCGGGAACUGUGAAAGAAAUUCUGGGCACUGCUCAGUCUGUUGGCUGCACUGUAGAAAGUGUUAAUCCUCACGACAAAAUUGAUGAAAUAAAUGAUGGCACUCUGGAAUGUCCUGAUGAGUGAUGAGAACAAUUUCAAAAGGAACUGUAAUAACUAUUAUACUGGACACAAAAAUGUUUUGAUACAGUGUUGGUUGGUAAUAGAUGUUUGGUGUAUUAUCAUAAUAUCUGACAUUGGUCACUACUACGAUGUCUUUGAGAGUUUGA